UGAAGCGCUAAACCCAAACGACGAACAAACGUGUUUCUGAAAGUACUUAUACACACUUGCAAAAGAAGAGGUGAAGGUGGACUUGGACUACUUAGAGUGCAAGUAGUGUGUUUUGUGUGUAACAAGCGUGCUGUACUGAUAGUGCUCGUGUGUUCUCGACUUGAUGGACUUUCGGAGAUAGAAACAACAGCCUGGACCACAACGACGACUGACACAUCAACAAUCAUAUUAUUGUCAUUGUUGAUUUGCUCAUCAUAAUCGUAUUCGUCAUUAAGUGUACCUACAACUCGUGUAGUCUUGCCCGUUACUUUUUCGUACAUUUAUUAAUUUUACCAUUAGAUUGUGUUUUUGCACGUCGCGGGUGUUUUAAUAAACAAAACAAAACAAAGAAGACAUCGUUUAAAGAACACUACGACAUAAAUAAAUAUUAUUGAACAGAGGAUAACGACGACAACAACCGGACAGCAUAUUAGGCACGAUGGACGCGGACGAGCUGGAUCAGCGGAUGAUGCAGUCGUUCCGCUGCCUCGGCGUCGCUGACAAGGUCGACCUGGUGAAGCAGCUCAAGGCGGUGGCGGGCAGCCACCUUAACGACUCCGUGGCCCUGUUUUUCCUGGAGAUGAACGACUGGAAUGUCCAAGCAGCAAUUGGUAGUUAUUUUGACUUUGAAGCGACGCGCAAGCUCCCCUGUAUGACGCUUGUUUGUGAUUCAACGAUUGGCGAGGGAGAAGACGUUCCACCACUCACAAAAUUCAGAAAAACGUGGCGUAUUCAAAAUAGUGGCACUGAAGAUUGGCCUGAGGGUGUGUGUCUUACGUUUACAAAUGGUGAACGAAUGGGAGAUUGCACAAGUGUGCCGGUACCUUGUUUACCAGCCAAAGACUCAAUAGAAAUCAGUAUUGAUUUCGUAAGUCCUCCAAGCGAAGGGCUUUACCAAAGCAAGUGGAGGAUGACCACAUCAAAUGGUUCCUUCUUUGGGGACGUCAUAUGGGUGAUAAUAACAGUGGAAAAAGGUGGUACCUUGGCACUAACUCAGCAACUUCACCUAUUAAGUACUUCACAAGCGACAGAUGAACAGAUGUGAUAGCCAUAGCUAACAAUGAUUGUUGCGCGAUAAGACGAUUCUAAAUUUUUUUAAAUACUACAGUUAUGCAGGUUUUGUUAUUUAAUCAAUACAAAUUUAUAAUUUUCUCUUUAUUCGUAAUUUUAUGAAGAGAUGUUUUACUCCUUUUACAGAUGUAUGAAAUAGUAAGAGCUCUGUUGUUCCAUAAGUUAUGAAAUUUUUAUAAAUAAAGGUUCAGCGAUAGACUCUA